AUGUUCGAGUUCCCCGGCACCUGCAACUACAUUUUCGCAAAAGAAUGCAGGAACACUUUCCCUCUCUUCAACGUCCAGCUAAAGAGAGCGUCUUCGGGCAACAUCGAGCGAAUCCUUGUUGAUCUUCCCUCCGUCAACAUCCAGGUGCUCAACGGAGUGAUCUCGGUCGGCUCUUUACAAGAUGUUCAGCUGCCUUACAGUUCAGCUGGGUUCCAGAUUAAACCAUACGGCAGCCUUAUCCAGCUGUACAUAAAACGCGACAAACUGGAACUGACUGUGUUGUGGAAUAAUAAGGACUACUUGAUGUUCACAUUGUGCACAGAGCUGUUGAACAUGGUAGCGCCGGACUGUGAAAUUCACAAAGAUCGUUACAUCUAUCGCUGCCAGUAUGACCUGUGUAACAGCACUCCCAAGGGCAGCAAGGAGAGUAGCUGUGGCACCCUGUCCGAGUACUCCAGGAGGUGUUCCUGGGAACUACAGCCUGUCACCAACUGGAGACGCCAGGACCUGUGCUCUCCUGAAAUAUGUCCAUCAAACCAGGAGUUCAAAGAAUGUGGAAAUCCUUGCAUUCCCAGCUGUACUAACCCGCAAUUCAGCUGCUUGACUUCCUGUAUCUACGGCUGCUUCUGUCCAGCCGGAACAAUCCUUGAUGACAUCUCUAAGAACAGUACCUGUGUGCAUCUCAUGGAGUGUCCCUGUGUCCUCAAUGGGGUUCUGUAUCGGCCACAGGAUACAGUGAAUUACUCCUGCAGGACCUGUGUGUGCACCGGGGGCAAGUGGGAUUGUGAGGAGUACCCCUGUUCGCAGCACUGUGCCGUGGAAGGAGGGUCCUUUGUCACCACCUUCGAUUCUCUGACGUAUCGUUUCCAUGGAGUGUGCUCGUACGUGUUGGUCAUGAGCCCCAUGAUGCCAGAUAAAGGCCGUGUUUUGGGAGUCUUUGAUAAGUGCGGAAUCUCGUCCUCUGAAACCUGUUUAACAGCCAUCAAAUAUGUGUCUUCCAAUAUUGUGAUCACGGUUGACAAAGAAGACGUCAAGAUCUUCAACAAAGGAAUCCAAACACUACCCUUUAAAACAGAUCACUUCAUUAUAUUCAGACAGUCCUCAACUUAUGUGCAAAUGAACUCUGACUUCGGACUGAUGCUGCAGAUCCAGACUCAGCCCAUCCUUGUUGUCUAUAUGCAUGCCACUAUUGACCUGUUUGACACCACUAAGGGAUUGUGUGGGAAUUACAACGAAGACUCCACAGACGACUUCAUGAACAGCAUGGGGGUCCAGGAGGGAACGGUCACUCGUUUCAUCGAUUCCUGGCAAACAGAACAUUGCACAAAAGCCAAAGCAAGGGAUCCUGAUCCCUGCAGCUCCAGCAUGCUGAACGCUCUCUUUGCUCAAACACACUGCAGUCUACUUUUAAACAACACUAGCGUCUUUGGGAAAUGUCAUUCUCUUGUGGACCCCAGUGAAUACUUUAAGAGGUGCAAAUAUGACAGCUGUAACUAUGAGGAGACCCAGUCCUAUCUAUGUGCCUCCCUGGGGGCGUACGCCCAUGCGUGUGCAGAGCAGGGGGUGAUCCUGGAGAACUGGAGGAACGAGACAGAGGCCUGCACUAUUACCUGCCCAAAGAACCAGGUGUUCAGCUACAGCACUGAGGUGUGUGGGACCACCUGCCAUUCCAAAGUGAACCAGGACCUGGAGUGCUUCUUGAGCAUCGUGCCUGUGGAGGGCUGCAACUGCCCCACCGGGACCUACCAAGACCACCUGGGCGAGUGUGUCACCGAGGACAACUGCCCCUGCUACCUGGAUAACAACAUGACCCUCCUUCCGGACCACAGCACUACCCUGGAGGGCCUCGUUUGCACCUGCAGAAUGGGGGAGCUGGAUUGUACAGGGAUGAGGAGUGUUCAGGAUGAUAGAUGCCCUCCACCAGCCACCUACCAUACCUGUAUGGACCAGAAUGAAAUUGUGUGCGCCCCAACCUGCCAUAACUUGAGGAUCGACAAUAUAUGUCUGGCUUGUGAAACGGACUGUUUCUGCCCAGAGGGGUCCUAUAUGGAUGAACUGGGAUCCUGUGUGACGUCUGAUAACUGCUCCUGCAAGUACGGAAACACAUUCUACCAGUCGAACGAAACCAUCAUGAUGCACUGCCAAGCAUGCACGUGUGAACAAGGCACAUGGAUCUGUGUCAAAAAUGCUUUCUGUCCAGGAGCCUGCAUCCAGUACGGAGAAGGACAUCUGAUCACCUUCGACAGUCACUCCUUUUCCUUUGAUGGGCCUUGUGAAUACACGUUGGUUACGGAUUCCUGUGGCGAUAGCAUCAAUGGCUAUUUCUCCAUUGUGUCCUCAAAUGUAAUAUGCGGUAGUGGAGGGACCUGCUCCCGAGUUAUUGUGGUCACCAUUGAGACAGCUGUAUUGGAGCUGCAAGAUGGGAAAUACAAGAUCACACCGGACAAUAAAACCGAUGUGUUCAAAGUGCUGUCUAAUUCCAUGAAUCUGAUCAUCACAAUGACAAUUCCCAUCAGUAACGCCGUGGUCACUCUGAUCUGGAAUAAAAAUGUUAACUUAUUAAUCCAUCUUACAAAGGUCACAGAGAUGUCUCUGUGUGGUUUGUGUGGCAAUUUCAAUGGGAAGGCACUUGAUGACUUGACGCUCCGAGAUGGUGUUCUGUCAUCGUAUGUCAAGGAAUUCUUCAACUCAUGGAGGGUGGACCCCGCUUGCAUGGAAGUACCAGAAUACACUGACCCCUGUAUAAAGAACCCGUAUCGACUCAAAUGGGCUAAGGAAAAGUGUAGCAUUAUCCUCAGCAACGUAUUCGAUGAGUGCCACAAACUGGUCCAAUACAACAAGUUCUACGAUUCCUGUGUUCACGACACCUGUGAAUGUGAUGUGGGUGGGGAUUGCGAGUGUGUGUGCAACUCUGUUGCCAUCUAUGCCAAACUGUGUCUGGAUAAUGGGAUCUGUGUCGACUGGAGGAGGCCAGACUUCUGCCGUGAUGCCUUCAACCACAACACAGCCUACACCCUCAACAUCUACCACAACACAGCCUACACCCUCAACACAGCAUACACCCUCAACAUCUACCACAACACAGCCUACACCCUCAACAUCUACCACAACACAGCCUACAUCCUCAACAACACAGUAUGA